UUUUUUGGUCGAUGAUUGGGCACCUAGUGAUCAUUAAGACGAACUGAUUAAUAGACUUUCAGACGCUUAAAGAAAUGCAUCGCUUCGUUCUAGUCUUUGUAUUUUUUGCAUCAGUACACAGCCAGACGGAUAUUUUGGGACAACUACACAUAUGCAAGCGUUCCGAUCCCAAAUUGAACGACUGCCUAAAAUCGUCCAUAAAAGGCGCUCUGAAGAUUUUGGCCAGCGGCGUCCCCAGUUUGAAAAUACCCUCGAUCGAUCCCAUCGAAGUCGAGAGAUGGACGAUUCAUGCGUCUGACGUCCUGCCAUACGAGCAAUACUACGAAAACCUUAAUUUGACUGGUUACUCGGACAUUGAGAUUGAAGACGUUUACACGAAUGUUGGCGACGAGUACUUCAGUAUUCACCUGAUGUGUUCCGCUCCGAAACUUCUGGUGCAAGGUGACUACGCGUACUACCUGGUUAGGCCAACGAAAGGAGAAGACCUUAGCAGUCAGGGCACAGUGGAGUACAAAUACGAUGCGCACAAAUUCUUCGUCAAGUUCGACGGUGAUAUAAUCAAGAAAGGUGGCGUCGAGUACUCCGAAAUUAUUCGGACCGACUUCAGCAUGGUGAGAUUGCGUUCGUUCGAAAUGACGUUUCAGACGGACCACCAAAGAAUCGGUGAUAAAUUGGGAGAGUUGGUGAAUGGUGGUACUAGAAAGUUGGCGACCAUCAACAUGGGAGAGUAUGAGGAAAUGUACGCUGCGGCUUUUCAACGCAUUGCUAACGCCGUAUUUGCUUCGAAUCCGUCCGAAAAGCUAUUGCCUAAGUAGAAAGGAAUGUUAAAGCGUAGUUUGGCAACACAAUCCCACUUAGUUCGAUCCGUGUUGCUAAUAGAAAGCACUGUGAAGUAAUAAACAUUUCACUUGCA